UGGUACAGCACUGGGAUGUUUAGCUGUACCCUGAAAUACUCCAUUCUCUCUCUCCCCGUCUACAUCCAGGCUGCACGGACCACCAUGGUACUGUCUUGUAUCCUAUCAGCAUUUGGGAUCUGCAUCACUACAGUUGGAAUGAAAUGCACCAAGUUGGGAGGGGACAGUGACAGCAAAAGUCACGCUUGUUUCGCUGGAGGAAUCUGCUUCGUUCUUGCAGGAAUCUGUGGAUUAGUACCAACAUCCUGGUACACAAGAGAAAUUAUUUCAAAUUUUCUGGACCAGACCAUUCCAGAGAGCAGUAAACAUGAACCAGGAGCAGCAGUUUAUACAGGAUUCAUUUCAGCAGGCUUUCUGCUUAUCGCAGGUGUGAUUUUCUGCACUUCCUGUUUUAACAAGCAGCAAGGAGGAUGGAUUUACCCUCCAAGGCAGCAUCAUUUUCCAUCCGCAGAACAGGAGAGCAAUGCAGGUUACAACCUGAAGGACUAUGUGUAA